AGCACUGUUAAAGUAAACCAGCUGACCAGAGAGAACCGCACACACAGGAUCUGCAGUUAUUAUUAUUAAAAAGAAAUCAGCUUUACUUUAAAUUUGUGUCUCACCUAGUCACAGAAGUACUCCGGGGUAAAAUGGAAGAUUUUGGAAAAGUAAUUUUAUUUAACCACAGGUCUCCAGUCAUGUUUGACUGCUGGGUAAAGUGGAGCGGAACGUUUGGGCGCGUAAUUGGACUUUGUGCGUGAAACGAGAAAAGAGGUCUACAAUGAUUUUGGCUUUAUUCUAACUAUGGGCGCGCACAUCUUGGAGUCCAACUCCAGCGGCAACUUGACUCCUGCUGUGUCCGAGGCUGGGGCUGUCCUCCCGGGCUACCUGGCGGUGAUCUUAUCGGUCCUCAUGGUGACUCUGGUUGUCGUUGUGGUGGCUGGGAACGCGCUGGUCAUCAUGGCUUUUAUUGUGGAUAAAACCUUGAGAAUCCAAAGCAACUACUUCUUUCUGAAUCUUGCUAUUUCUGAUUUUCUUGUGGGUGCCUUCUGCAUCCCGGUGUACAUCCCGUACAACCUGACAGGCCGGUGGAUGCUGGGUAAGGGGCUCUGCAAGGUGUGGCUGGUUAUGGACUACCUGCUCUGCACCGCCUCAGUCUUCAACAUUGUCCUCAUUAGUUAUGACCGCUUCCUGUCAGUCACAAGAGCAGUUAAAUACAGAGCACAGAGGAACAUGACCCGUCAGGCUGUGUUCAAGAUGGUGGCAGUGUGGGUGCUGGCCUUCCUCCUUUACGGCCCCGCCAUCAUCUUCUGGGAGACGAUCGUUGGCCAGAGCGUCGUACCGGCUCACGAGUGCUACGCCGAGUUUUAUUUCACCUGGUACUUCUUGCUCAGCGCUUCUACUUUUGAAUUCUUCACCCCGUUUGUGUCUGUGGCUUUCUUCAACCUCAGCAUUUACUUGAACAUCCAUCGGCGGACAAAGAACGGAGGCGCCUGCGCCGAGGACGACGUCAAGACGCAGAGGAUCAGUAAGAAGCACAGAGACGGAGGAGGCUGGUCCGUGUUUUUUGUCAAAACCCGGAAGGUGUCGUCCAGUGAGCCUACUGCUAUCUCUGCGGUUAUCGAGGACGAAGAUGUCCUGUCCCCUUCCCCCUGCGGGGACCCUAGUAACAGUCAGAUAUUCAUGCAGAGGGAGAAGUUGUCUCCUGACAGAAAAAACUCCAGGUUGUUUCAGCACACGGCGUCCUGUAUGGCGCCUGGCCGUGGGACGCAGGGAUCUCGUCUGUUGCGAGACAAAAAGAUCGCCAAGUCUUUGGCCAUCAUUGUCUGCAUCUUUGGGAUUUGCUGGGCUCCUUACACACUGCUCAUGAUCAUCCGUGCAGCCUGUAGCGGUGAGUGUGUGGCCAACUACUGGUACGAGAUUACAUUUUGGCUUCUGUGGCUGAACUCUGCCAUCAACCCGUUCCUCUACCCCCUGUGCCACAGAAGCUUUCGAAGGGCUUUCUCAAAAAUUCUGUGUCCGAAAAGACAAUCAGUCCAGCCUCAGAUUGAGGCUCAGUCCUGUUAGAAAAAAAUUGCACUUCCAUGCUUUUUGAAUGCAGUAACUGUUGUUGGUCAAACACUGUAAAAAAAUCCAUAUAAUGUUCUUCCAUCAUCCAGUUUUCAAAAAAUAAGAGAAAUGUUUGCGUUAAAAUCGAUUGUCCCAGCAUAUCUGAAAGCAAUACGAGAAUUCAAAAACUUGGGGAGGAAAAGGACGGCGGUUCAAAUAUUCACAGGCAAUCUCUGUAAGUAGAACAGGAAGAGGGACGUGGUUUCGGUGAUUUUACCGCUCACGUCUUUGUGAGCUCAAUGCUGGGAAAUGAUAGCUUAUGCAGCCAGAUAGGAGGUGAUGACCGUAAUUUAGCCUAAGAUAUUAUGCGAGAACUACAGCACCACCAAGCUGUUAAAUUACAAUGUUUCUGCCUGAAAGCACAGCUGAGGGAGACGGCAGCUUCCGCCAACAUCCCGUUUCUCACAGGGCUGCUGUGACGAGAAACCAUUUCAACUCCCAUUUAAAUCAAAUUGAGAAUUAAAUGGUUUUUAUAAAGUUUCAUAAUCUCUCUGCACAUAAAACCCUUUUGCAUUAGUUUCAAAUGCGUCACUGAGACUGAAGGCCUUUUGCUUUUGUUUUCAAAAAGGUACAUAUUCAAGCUUUUCAUCAUGCAGCAAUAGGAUGACAAAUGUGGAAUCCUCAAAAUUCAAAGCACCUGAAAAGAAGAGAAAAUCCUGCAUCUGUUUACUGUGUGAACUUUUAUCACAUUGAUGUUUUAUUUCAUUAUAUCUGAAAAGUGGGCUAAGGGCAGAGGGGAAUCAGCUGAUGUCUGCCAACACUGAAUCUGCACUUAAUUUUAAAAAAUGUGUUCUUGUUGAUGUUAAAAAUGUACAGCGUUAUAAAAUGAGAUUAGCAUUAAACUUUUUGUACAAUAAUAUCUAUGCCAAGCUAGAUGGUUGUGUUCUUUAAAGUGCAGUAUUUAUUCAAAGACUUGACUGGUUUAUACCACCCGAACUACUUGACUACUUUGUAUCUUGGCUAUGAAUGUGUGUUGGUGUAAGUAGCCAAAGAAAGAAUAAAAAGAAAACAACCUACAGGCUUCAUAGCUGUACAUGUUAUUGGUCAAAUAUGGAAGUCUAAAAGGAAACUCUUUGACAUUUUGGGAUAUUCAUCUGUGCACAUUUUUGCCAAGAGUUAGAUGAGGAGAUUCAGACCGCUGUCAUGUCUGUGCCUUGAAUAUGAAGCUACCGCCAGCAACUGGUUAGCUUAAAAUAAAGGUUUGAAACAGGGCUAGCUUGGCUCUCUCUGAAGGUAACAAAGUCUGCCUUCAGUUUGGGUCAUGUUUACCAUGUUCACGAUAAGUCUAUAUGAA